GCCGCGUUGAGAGGAGUUUCACGAUAGUUUUGUGCCAAGUCCGGUGUUACUUCGAAGAAAUCAACACCCACAGCCAGCCAGCGUUUGCGGUCUUCGUCGUCGUCCAGUUGCGGCGAGUCCAGCGGCGUCCAUUUCAAUCCCGCAAGCCGGGAGCCGGCCAGCUACCACUUCACGGUGUAUGAUCCGGCGGUGGUUAGGAAACCGUUGCGAAUCGUCGUCAUCGUUGGCUCGAAGCGCUCAAGUGAAAAUUUAACCAACGCUGGCGACAAUUUAGUGCCGCCAAGUUUGCCGGAGUGAGAGUGAACCAUUCCAAUGUGGCUACUGGUGUCUCGUUAGUGUGUAUGUUGGAGCGUAUGUGUACCGUUUUGCCCUGGCCAAAGGUUGUGGAAGGCGUAUAAGGUUUUUGUAAGACCCUUUUCGCUGCUCUGCGCUUCGUGAAACUCGUGCGUGCGUGUCAUCGGCGUAGUUUGCAUCCAAAACAACAACCGUGAUCGUAAAAAAGCGCUCGCAAUGGGAACGAAGAUCGAGUAUGUCGACUCAAGCCAUAUGUACGCCACGAACUACAUUCGCAACUCGAAAGCGAUCGCCGUCCUUUGGGCGAUCUUCAGCAUCUGCUACGCCAUCAUUAGUGUUGUGGCGUUCGUGACGCCAGAAUGGGUUGGUGACUCCGAUUCCGAUGCCGGCGGUCGGCUGGGCCUGUGGCAGAUCUGCCAGAAAGACGAUCUCAACGAUAGCUGUAGCGGGAAACUGGAAGAACUGCUCGAGAUGCAAUCCAUUGCCUUUCAGGUAGCGACCGUGUUUUGUGGACUGGCCGUAGGCACCGCUGCGCUGGCGAUCUGCUGUCUGCUCCUGAUGGUGUUCAUGAAGUCGACGACCGUUUUUCACAUUUGCGGCUGGAUGCAGAUGCUCUCGGCCCUGUGCAUGGUGAUUGCCUGCGUUUCGUUUCCGUUCGGAUGGAACUCGGACGAGUUUCGUAAAAUUUGCGGCCCCGAAUCGAAUCGGUUCGAAGUUGGGCUGUGCAGCAUGCGUUGGGCUUACCCGCUGGCAAUAAUUGCUUGCAUCGAUGGCUUCAUCUUGGCCACACUUUCGUUCAUCCUGGCGACACGACACGUACGCUUGCAGCCGGAACCGCAGUAUCAAAGCAGUAUGUAUAAAGGGGAAAUCAACAAUGCGUACGUUACGGAUGCUGUUAGUAUUGCGGGCUCGAGGAAAUCGUUGAACCUUCAACCGGUUCUGCUAGUGGCGCCUCCACACCACAUGGAUACGCUAUCGAGCAGAGCCGCCAGCCGGUACGGACAUGCUUUGCGUCCCGACUACCACCAAUUUCAACUGUAAGCCAGCUAACGCAUAUAAUUUAUUGAGCCGGUUCGCGAAACUUCCGGAAAACCUAUGGAAACCGGAGGAAAUGGAAAACCUAUGCAAACAACAAAACCGAAGAGAUGGACGCAAAGUGCAACGUGUAGGUUUAGUUUCAACUUGUCCGCUUUCCCCUGACUCUGUUUUGUUACGUAUAAAUAUUUUAAUCGCUAGGGUAGAGUUGUUUUUUCGGUUUUUAGCGAAAAUUAGACCUAUGUAACGAGAUA